AUGUUUUACGACUUGAACGUACCAUUCCCUUUACCUGACGAUGGAAUACCAACGGGUAAGAAGAAAGAUAAAGGGAAAAUGAAAGUAGGACCGGAUUAUACCAUACAAGGGACAUAUUGGUCACUUCUUACUGGUGGUGAGAAAGAAAAAGUUUCAAAGAACGUUUCCAUGUUAGGUCAUCUCGGUUAUAGCGUGAUAGGAUGCACAGUUACAUCUGAACCUAGUAAUAUAGUACCUCCUUGUCCAUUCUCAACACAUCUUCCUUUCCCCGAACUGGACCCACGUACAGGAACAUCUUCAUGCUCCUCUGGAAUAUCUAGUGGAGAGAAAACUCUAGUUCAAGUCACUCGGUUUCAUAUGAGGUUAGACGAUGCGAAGACUCAUUGUUUUUCCAACUCCAAUACCAGCCUUUUAAAACAAUACGAUAUUCUCUCUGUCCAACCUACAACCGAAAAAGCCUUUCAAUUAGCUUGUACGGAUUUAUCAAACCCCGGACCGAACCAGAUAUCCAUUAUAACUCUUCCAUUACAUGAGAGAGGAUUUCAUUAUCGAUUAAAUAGAAAGCAACUUCGUCAAGCUCAGAGGAAUGGUGUUAUAAUGUCAUCACCAUUUCCUCUUUCACCUUUACCAACGCUAGCUAUCAUCACGAUCACUCGAGAGUCGUACGAUGGAGUGAGAUACCGUCAAAAUUUCUUAUCAAACGCUCGUGAAGCCGUCCGAGCAACAUCAGGCCACGGACUCAUUUUUUCCUCUGGGACAUCAUACUCUUCCGAAGCUCUCAGAGCUCCAUUGGAUUUAGUCAGUAUCGGUGUGGUUUUAGGUAUGCCAUUGAAUCUGGCGAGGGAGAUGGUGGGUGAGAACGCUAGAAAAGUUUUAUUACGUGCACAAGCUAGGAAAACAUACAAAGCUGUCUUAUCUGUACCUCGACUCAUUCUCCCUAUUACAGACGAACCAGCAUCACAACCUGACCAACUACCUGAUAUGGAGAGUAACAACACGUCUGUCAAACGUCCAUCGAAUACGGAAGCUGGGGAGAUCGGAACAGACCUUCAAAGUAAGAAAAAUGUGGAUGGAGUGAAUGAAGUAAGAUCGAAGAAAAAAGCAAAGAGAGAAAAGACGAAAGGAUAA